AUGACUCCCCGGGAGCACAUGAGGAAGAUGUCCAUCCUGGGGGAACAGGGAGCCCUGGAGGAAAAGCACCUGUACCGGCUGGCAGGCGGCAUGGCAGCAGGAGAGCUGCGGCAGCGGCAGGAGAUGCUGAUGAGGAACCAGCUGAUGGCAGUAAACCCGCAGCUGAUGGGGCCGGGCCAGCAGAGGAUGCAGGCGAUCCCCGCCCAGUUCGAGCCGCGACUGGUGGAGAGAGAUCUGCUGCCUUCAACUGAAAUGAUGGCCUCAGCUGACCCCAGGCAAAUCCACAUAGCAUCCCACCUGGGACCCGCAGUCCCACAGCACCCCAACAUGCCCAACCUGCUGUCCAACCGUGUCUACCCAGGCCCAGGAUACAGCUUUCUGCAACCAGAAUCCAUGGAAGCUGUGGCCAGAAGACAAGAACUGGUUCAAAAGCAAAAUAUUGCCAGAAUGGAAAUGGAGAUGAGUGCUAUUUUCCAGCAAAAGGAAAUGGAGAAAGCCCAUCGGAAAGGACUCCUGGGCCUGGAAGCCCCUUUCCUUUACCACGGGAUGCCAGCGAGUCCCAUCGCUUUCCGGGGCAGGCACAGACUCCCUGAAGGGCACCUUGCCAACGACCUGUACGUGCACAGGACCACCCUGGACGAGAUCCAUGGCAACAGCAUGCUCAUGGCAGGCAGCCCCUACCCGCCAGUCACCAGCCUGCAGAGGGAGAGGGGGCGCCGCCCAGGGAGGAGAGCUGCAAAUCACAAAAGUGCCGAGGGCAGCGCCAACGGCGCAAAGAACCAGGCAGAUGACAAAUCCACCGACUCUGCCUCAGCUGCAGUGGAUGAGGAGAAAGAGGAUAAAAAGGAAGUAGAGGUGGAGACACCAAACAAACACGAGCAGAGCAAAAACCAGACUGAGCCGGCUGUGGUUGCCAAGAACUGCAAAGAGUUUGAACAAGGCUUGAGAAAAAACUGUGCUACUCAUGAAAUUCCAACUGAAACCACCAGCUGCAGCAACACAAAUGAGAAGGAAGCCAACAGCUCCUGUGCUGCUUUUGAUGACAAGUACCUGUACCCUUCUGCAAUCCCAUUCUCAGCAUUACCAUAUGGAUUUCCAGUGCCCAACAACCCAUUGCUACCCUCAGGAGCCCAUGGCCUGAUCCUGAAUGGAGAAGACAUUUCUUCUGUCGAAGACAUUCGCAAGUGGACAGUUGAUGAUGUGCACAACUUCAUUGGCAGCCUCCCAGGCUGCUCAGACUAUGCCCAGAUAUUUAAAGACCAUGCUAUUGAUGGAGAAACCCUUCCACUGCUAACAGAGGAGCAUCUCCUGGAUACAAUGGGAUUAAAACUCGGACCAGCAUUAAAAAUCCGCUCUCAGGUGUCCCGACGUCUGGGCAAUGUGUUCUACAUGAUGAAUGUCCCUCUGUCCAUGCCCCUGCCUCCUGCUGCAGGGAAACCCUCAGAGCAGCCCUCUGACAUGGCCUCCCCCCUGCACUGCAACAGCAGCGGUGACACCCUGGACAGCCCCUGCUCCCAGGACCCAGAAACCUCCCAAGCAGUGGAACAGAUGGUUUCAGAAAGCAGGGAAAAUCCAUGUGACACAGCUGGAUCCCAGGCUGACUUCCAGAUGAUUGCUUUCCAGAAAAGUUGAGCUAAAUCCAGGACAUAACGUGUUUUUAAUAAUCCAGGAACCUCUAGUUACAAAGUGUUUGAGAAGAAGCUACAGCCUGAAACCUCUGUAAGGCUGGGGCUGAAGGAAAUAAGUUGCCAAUGCAGCAUGCAAGUGCUGUAUAUGAAAGGCAUUCAGAAGUGCAGCUAUAGGUUAGUGCAAUUACUUUCAAGUGCAAUUCAUUGAAAAGAAUACCAGUAGAGUUAACAGGUAAAUUGAAUUUUUCAUUGAAGUCCGGGGUUAUCACUGAGAGCUGUCAGAGACUCAGAGUGCACUGUAUGUUGUACUGUGUGUUCCAGUGGGCAACUGAGAAACUGUAUAGAAAGGUCACAGCUUCCAAACAUAGCUGACUUCUGCUUCUGUUGAACAAAACUUAUGCAGAACAUUCAUAUGGAAUUCAUUGGGACAGUAUGGAACUGCCUACAGAAUACAGACAAAUAUAUCCCAGACUCAGCAGUUUGAGUUAAUCCAUUGCUGCUCCAGAACCAAGCCUUUUGAAGUGCCUGGCAAGGGUAUACAGCUUAUAAAUAUACACAGAUUGAACAUGAAAAUACCAUGUGUGACAGCAAUUUUAAUUAUUCCAAAGCACUCUUGUCACCAGGGCUGGAAUUUGCUUUUCGUGACUGCAAGCUGAGAUGAGUCACCAGGCUCAGCCACCAAGGCCAGUCACUGGGACAGUGACACUGCCUGCUGGCAGCAGCCUCAGAGCCACCAGGCUCCUGCCAGCCUCUGCCAGAGCACCCUUCCCAUGGGCUCCCCUGGGUGAGCAUGGAGAGCCCUUCCCUCUGCAGCACCUUCAGUGCUCUCCUCUUUGGAAAAGGCCAUCAGUUUAGCCUGAGAGCUCCCUGUUCUCUGGAAGAAUAUGGUUUCCCCUCACUUCUGCUACUGAUGAGUCAUUAUCUCACAGCAAACAAGGACAUGAAAUAGAGCUUUUAGCUAAGGACAAAUCCCCAGCAUUUAUUGUGAUUCCUGUGGGAACUAUCCUUGCUCCCUUUUUAGGGGUUUGGUCCUACACUGGUUUUCCAUGCAGACUUUGGAAGUUGGUACACUUCCACUCUCUUCCCUCAAGAACUCUUCUUUACUCCAGAGGACACACAAAUAUAGACAAAAUCUAGUUCUGAAAUUGAAGCUUGGUAUAUUGUGGACCUGCUGUAUGUUGCUACUUUAGAUUCUCUCCCCUUAGUUUAGUUUGUGUGGCCUCAAAUACUGAAACACCAAGAGGUAUGAAUGAAGCUGUUUAGGUGGUGAGUGACUAAACACCAGGAGGGGAAUUAUUUCCAUAUUCUAUUUUUUUACUUUAGCCAGAGAUAAUUUGUUUUAUGUCUUUGUAAUAUUUGUGCAGUAGAUAAUGUGUGAUUAGAUGUUUGCAACAGCAACCUUAGAUGUCCAUCUUACCAUGCUGUCCAAACUUUGCAGCCUUUGGAGAAAUGGCAAAUAUCUAUAGUCUUUUCAGGAUAUGAAAACAACUUCUAACUUAUCUUUUGUACAAUUGACAAUCAUGUUGACAAUGUCACUUACCUGAUUAAACAGAGGUAAUGACUUGAUUUUCCUACCUCCUCUCUCUGUGUGAAAUAUUCGACUCAAUCCACAUGAGACCUUCUCCACCCUGGCAGAGGAAUCUCUGACACUGCUCAGGGGAAUCAGGCCAGGAGAUGUCGCUGCAAAGCCACUCGGUCACCCGCUGUCCCUCCGAGGGGAAACGCAGCACACCUGAAACACCGAGGACUUGUUAAGGGCAACAUUAUGAAGAAACUUUACUUGCUUUUCUAAAGUAACAGCAGAAAAAUUUGACUUCAAGUCCCAUAUGCCAGGGAGGAAGGAUUGAAAUGUGGUUCUGAAGGGUGUGAUUAUUUUUGUAAAUGGGUCAGACAUGAACAACGUCAAAAGCUGAGCAAGUUGGGAUGCAAAGUUGGCAGUCUUGCAUUACUUCUGCAAUUAAAAAAACCCAAAAAACAACACCAAACAUACAAUCCCUUGCACAUACUGCCCAAAAUGACAAAAGGAAUUGCUUCAUAGCUUCCUGUACUGGGGGACAAGUGCUGCAGCAGCCAAGAUGCAACAAGCCCUGAACGGUAAACAGCUGUGAAUAGGCAGGAAAGGGAUUUACCUAAACAGACAUAAUUCUAUGUCUAAUGGAGGAAAUACCACUGGUAAGGAAUGUUUCGUCCCCUACAAACACUUCAGAGAAAAUGAAAAUAAAAGGUAAA